AUGGCCAUUAGAAGGGCAGCAACGCGGAACAGGCUAAACACAACCGUGAAUAAUAUUUUUCUGCAUUCUCAUAGAUUCUCUUUAAAAAGAUAUAAGUUAAUUCCAAGGAAAAUAAAGAGUUCUCUGACCGACUUUGAUGGCGAGACUCUAGCAAUCAAUUUCAAUAAUGAACACCAAUCCAAAGGAGGGCGAAGUGUUGAUUCACAGCAGUACAACAGUGGAGCUGAUGAGAUGUUGAGUCACGUUGUGAAUCGAGAAUUAAGGAUGCAUAGGAAGAGGAAAGAGGAAAAAAAAAAAGCUCGUCAAUUAAUUGAGGCAGGACCAUCACUUUCAAUGUUAGACUCUUGCCAGGAGUCAGAGCCUCAUCCUCUGGUUGCGCUAUCACACAGGAAUUCAACGGUGAGGCGUAAGUUAAGUGCCCCAGCGCUUUGGCCGAAGAGAUUUCUGCGGGACCACCAACUCAAAAUAGGCUCGGUAUACAACCUAAAUAACACGCAAGGGCUGGAUCUUGAAGAGAAGCCAGAAAUUUCGACACCACUACAGAUAUUCCCAACGACGGAAGUUAUAAGUUCUGAACAGUCUAGGGAAAAAGCACUUUCUGCAGCCUUACGAGACUUCGAAUGGAUAACAGUAAACCCUACCUCAGAGAUGGAGGCUGAUGGAAAUUACGAACCAAAUGACCUAAACGACAUGCUUUCGUCUCAUGUGUGCCAGUCAUUGGGGUAUGAUAAAAAGAGUCAAAUGCAUGAGAACAAACUUGAUGAGAAUAUAAAUGAGGAACUCAUUAAUAGAGUAGGUGUAGAUGGAUCAGGCUCAUUCCGAGAAAGCAUGCAAAGUAUGCCAGCUCACCUCCCUGACGCGGAUGAUCUGGCUAAGAUCAGGGCCAAAAUGCCACAGGACAAAAAAGAUGACCAAUUAAGGCACUACCUGAGAAAGCUGGCGCCAUCAUAUGACUUACAGACUAGGAGUAUGAGAAACUCGAUACCAAGCCGGAAUAGUUCUUCUAGAGCCCAUAGCAACACACUCUGGUCCUAUGACCUGGCCAAGUAUGAUAAUAGACAGAUGAGUAGAAAUAACAAACGUGAAAGAUCUUGUUCUCAAGCCUCUAAUCUGGAGAAUCAAAGAUCCUCAGCAUUACUGAGUAGGUCGUCUAAAAGUCGAGGAAGCAUGCCAAGGACUUUGGAGAUUGGCAAGUAUGAAAGGAAUUAUAACAUGAAGGACGACCAAAGCGACCAAGAUGUGAGUAAAACGCUCCAAGCUGAAACGUCCUCCAUGAUGGAUCAAAAACAAAGGCCCUCCGAUCAUCAUAAAAGCAGUUUACCAAGAGGCAGAGCUAGUUUGCCAAAGGUUGACGCAAAUAAAGGCUCGAAAGAUAACGUAAAUUCGCACAGUUUUCGUACCGAUAACCUGUCAGUACCAAACGCUGGCGCUGAGGUACGCCGGGGUUCUAAUUCGUUAGCAAAUAAUAAACCUAAGGGAUUAGGCGGUUCAACUAAAGAGGGAGUCUCGAGUGAGCCUCAAAAUAGAAUUCCGCCCGAAACUGAAGAGAACAGAGUGCAAAAUGCAUCACCGCAAGUUCCUAAUGACGAUCUGGCCAAAGGUCUGCCAAGCGGAAACGACGAAGUCUCCGUUAAAUUAGCUGCAGGUCCCACUGCAUCUGUUGCCAACAACGGAAAAGGCCUUGACGGAGAGGCUCGGGGUCUCAACGUUGGAGUUAAAACACUCAAGUCGGCCUAUCCUCGACCAUCCAACAAAACUCCCUCAGAAGCGGAGUCAAAUAAGAAAUCAACUUUCAACCAGAGGGCAGCCAGUGCAACAAUCUUAAUGCAAGAUGUGAAAACUGGGCCCAGACCCGCCAGCGAGAAGGAGUCUGACCAACUUCGGCCUUAUUUGACGUCUGGACGAGUAAAAGCGGAGGUCACCAACGCCUCAAUAGUACCAUUUAUGCCAAAUCACUUAUCGCCCAACUUCAAGCCAACUUCCGACCUAGACCCCUUCAAUCGAUCCGUAUAUCCCCUCGGCCAUGUCCACAUCAAGCAACAGUUCACCAUGUUGCCGAGGUCACGAAACCCAAUGGUGAACACCGCGAUUGGAGCCAUUUGUCGUCGUGUGCGUAUCAGUUUUCAUCAAUCGGCCAGCACACCAUCGUCCAUCGGUCACGAGACGGGAGGCAAUUUUAAUAAAUGCCUAAACAUUAGCUCACCCCAAAUUCGACUUGACAGCCACAAGAUGGCGUUGCCCAGUUUAAGUCAGCAGCCCUACCUAAACGGGGAGGACUGGAGGGCGACAGAAGUGAGCAGCCAGGGUCCGAUUAAUAUGCAGAUGUCCCUGAAAACCGGUGUAAACGGGAAUGAAUUGGUGGAACAGGAAUAUGAACAACAGAAUGUACUAAUACAGACAUUGGUAUGCACCAAAUGCAGUACCAUCAGUCAACGCUGUAUGUCUGAACACAUCACUCCGGGCUGGAAUACGGCCAAGCAUGGCAUGUGUGACCAGCAUCAAUGGGUGCCAAUGCAUAUCAGUACCGACGGAGCUAAGCAGGUUACAGAUGACUUCUCCCAACUCGAUGCACAUAUUCCGGCCGUUAAGUACUAUAAUGAAACACAGGCAGUGCAGAAACCAACCCCAGUUAAGGGGCCAGAAGAAGAUCUGCCAAAAUGGCAAGAAAUAAUGCAAUGCGAAGAAAAAGAGCCAAUAAAACAGCAGGAACCUAAAAUGCCACAAGAGUCGAUAAGAUUAUCAGGCCCAAUAAAUGUGCCAGAAUCGAUAGGACAACUAGAAUCAAUGCAACAACAAGAGCCGGUAGAGCAACAAGAGCUGGUAAAACAAGAAGGUAUCAACAAAAAAAGCAUAACAUCCCAAAGAGAACAUGAGAAUCCAGAAGAAACCAUGAGGACAGAAUUUGGAGAGAUGGGGGAACAUUGGCAAAACAAUGAACUAGAAGAAUUCGGUGAACAAUAUUUGAAGAGUGAGGACAGAAUCCAAGAGGAAAGCCGUUCCAGCACAAAGGACACGCAAGAUAUGUAUGAAAAAACAUCUAUCGGUGAUCCUAUGCUAAACCGGGAUAUAAAAGAGGAGCAGGCCGAGGCUAACUUGGAAGAGUUAAGCAGAGCGGAAACUGCUCAAACAGAUCAAACUUCUAGAGCAAGCACAGCUGUGAACUCUAUGGAGCAAAAGAAAGAAAGCAUAGAAAUUGAAGAGAGCGAAGAAAAAGUGGAUCCUGAUCGAGAAGGCGAUAAUACCACUGUUCUGGAG